AUGUCGCUUUUGCACCUUUCCACGAUUCCCCUCCCUUCAAAUGCCUCCAGUGCCGGUAUGUACCGCAUCUUGUGCAAUUAUCAGUUCAUCGACCUGCGGACAGCAUUGAUUGUCUUUGCGAACUUCAGAGGGCACUCCUUGUGGCGUGACCUGUUUCGAAACAAAACGGACCGUUCUGAUAGAAUUCAGGUCAUAGCCAAGCCACCCUUCCCGGCUGUGCACUCGUCAUUCGCAGUGACCAGAUAUAUCAGAUAUAUUGGACGCUGUGUGAUGAUUGUUGCUGCUGAAGCCACAGGCCCAGGAAUUCUCGUACAAGUCGUCGAAGUGCCGGGCGUAACGACCAUCGCUACGCUUGGAGUUUUCGAGAUAUGA